GCCCGGUGGCAGCAUCCUCCCUCCGUGUAAGGACGAGGAGGAGACGAACACAACCAUUUUGGACGCCAGAGGACAACCCAGCCAGCCAGCCAGCCAGCCGGCCAGCCAGCGACGUCACCCCGCACUGUCCCCUUCCUUCCCAGGAACACCGAGCUCACCGAGCCCCUUCCUCCAUGGCGGCCGGAGGCUGCUAGCAGAAGCCCGGGGAGGACGAGGAGGAGGCGGGUAUCGAAUUAACGACGACGGCGCGCACUCGCUGCUAGCAUCACAGCUCUACAAACAAGCGGCGAAUAGAUAGCGGGCACCCCGAGGCCAUGGCGGGGGCUUCUGUGAAGGUGGCGGUCCGAGUCCGCCCGUUCAACUCCAGGGAGAUGGGGAAAGAGAGCAAAUGCAUCAUUCAGAUGUCUGGAAACACCACCACCAUCAUCAACCCCAAACAGGCCAGAGACAACAAGAGCUUCAACUUUGACUACUCCUACUGGUCCCACACCACGCCGGAGGAUGCCAACUACGCGUCCCAGAUGCUGGUCUACAAAGACAUCGGAGAGGAAAUGCUGCUCCACGCCUUCGAGGGCUACAACGUCUGCAUCUUCGCCUACGGCCAGACGGGCGCCGGCAAGUCCUACACCAUGAUGGGCAAGCAGGACGUGAAGGACCAACAGGGGAUCAUCCCAUUGUUAUGUGAGGAUCUGUUCACAAAAAUCAACGACCACACAGACAACAGCAUGUCUUACUCGGUGGAGGUGAGCUACAUGGAGAUCUACUGUGAGCGCGUGCGAGACCUGCUCAACCCUAAAAACAAAGGCAACCUCCGAGUGCGAGAGCAUCCUCUGAUGGGACCCUAUGUGGAGGACCUGUCCAAGCUGGCCGUCACCUCCUACAACGACAUCCAGGACCUGAUGGACUCUGGCAACAAGGCCAGGACUGUGGCCGCGACCAACAUGAACGAGACCAGCAGUCGCUCCCACGCCGUCUUCAACAUCAUCUUCACUCAGAAACGCCACGAUGCCGACACUGACAACACCCUAGAGAAGGUCAGUAAGAUCAGUUUGGUGGACUUGGCCGGCAGCGAAAGAGCAGAUUCCACCGGAGCCAAAGGAACCAGGCUGAAGGAAGGAGCUAACAUCAACAAGUCUCUAACCACGCUGGGAAAAGUCAUCUCCGCUUUAGCAGAAGUGGACUCGGGACCCAACAAGAACAAAAAGAAGAAGAAGGCAGAAAGUUUUAUCCCCUACAGAGACUCCGUCCUGACCUGGCUGCUCCGAGAGAAUCUGGGUGGGAACUCUCGCACUGCCAUGGUCGCCGCGCUGAGCCCGGCCGACAUCAACUAUGACGAGACGCUCAGCACGCUCAGGUACGCCGACCGCGCCAAACAGAUCCGCUGCAACGCCGUCAUCAACGAGGACCCCAACAACCGGCUGGUGCGCGAGCUGAAGGAGGAGGUGUCUCGUCUCAAGGAGCUGCUCUUCGCCCAGGGUCUGGGCGACAUCAUCGACACAUUUCCGGGCUCCGCCGCUGAGAUCCAGGGUUUGAAAUUGACCAACGCCAUGACGGGCAUGAGUCCCUCCCCGUCUCUGUCCGCCUUGUCCAGCCGGGCCGGAUCCAUCGCCAGCCUGCACGACCGCAUCAUGUUCAGCCCGGGCAGCGAGCAAGCCAUCGAGCGCCUUAAGGAAACGGAGAAGAUCAUUGCCGAGCUCAACGAGACGUGGGAGGAGAAACUUCGCCGCACUGAAGCCAUUCGAAUGGAACGGGAGGCCCUGCUGGCAGAAAUGGGCGUGGCCAUGCGGGAGGACGGCGGGACAGUGGGCGUCUUCUCCCCGAAGAAGACGCCUCAUCUGGUCAACCUCAACGAGGACCCCCUCAUGUCCGAGUGUCUGCUCUACUACAUCAAGGAUGGCAUCACAAGGGUGGGUCGUCUGGACGCCAGCAGCCGCCAGGACAUCGUCCUCAGUGGUCACUUCAUCAAGGACCAGCAUUGCACCUUCACCAGCUGCACUGAUGAGCAGGGAGAGACCGUGGUCCUCCAGCCGUGUGAAGAAGCCCUGACCUACGUCAACGGCAAGAGAGUGACCCAGCCCACAGUUCUCAGAUCAGGAAACCGCAUCAUCCUGGGGAAGAGCCACGUGUUCCGCUUCAACCACCCGGAGCAGGCCCGAGCUCAGAGGGAGAGGACCCCCUGUGCCGAGACCCCCGCAGAGCCCGUGGACUGGGCCUUUGCCCAGAGGGAGCUGCUGGACAAGCAGGGCAUUGACAUGAAGCAGGAGAUGGAACAAAGGCUGCAGGAGCUGGAGGAGCAGUACCGCAAAGAAAGAGAGGAGGCCAACAACCUGCUGGAGCAACAAAGACUGGACUACGAGAGCAAGCUGGAGGCUCUUCAGAAGCAGGUGGAUCGUUAUUACCCAGAAGCCCCUGAGGAAGAGGAGGAGCCAGAAGAAGAAGUGGCGUGGAGCGACAAGGAGCGAGAGCUGGCGGUGUGGACCUUCCGCAGGUGGAGGUCUUACCAGUUCACCUCCCUGCGGGACCUUCUGUGGGGUAACGCCAUCUUCCUCAAGGAGGCCAACGCCAUCAGCGUGGAGCUGAAGAAGAAGGUCCAGUUCCAGUUCGUGCUGCUGACAGACACCCUCUACUCGCCUCUACCGCCUGACCUGCUGCCGGCCAGCAAAGACCUGGACCACGCGCACUGUCCUCAGACCAUGGUCGCCGUGGAGGUGCAGGACCAGAAGAACGCUGCCACUCACUACUGGACCUUGGAAAAACUAAGGCAGAGGCUGGAUCUCAUGAGGGAGAUGUAUGACCGCGCCGCUGAGGUUCCUCCUGCCACCACGUCAACAGACGAUGGCGAGAGCGCCAUGACGGGCAGCGACCCUUUUUACGACCGCUUCCCAUGGUUCCGUCUGGUGGGCAGAAACCCUCUUUUCAACACUUGCAUGAGCGAGCGCAUGAGCGAGCCCACCCCGUCCCCGACCCUCUCCAGCUCUGAAAUGACCGAGCCGGCGGAGGGUCGAGGGGAGGAGGAGGAGGAGUUGGAGGACCUGGACGAUGAUAUCUUUUUGGACGACUCCUGCUUGGAGCUGGGGGGAGAGGAGGAGGAGGAGGAGGAGGAGCGAGAGCUCUGCCCAGGCUCCAGCGAAGGCCAGGAUCCCUUUUACGACCGCUCGCCGUUAUUCAGUGUAGUGGGAAGGUCCUUUGUCUACCUCAGCAACCUGCUCUACCCCGUGCCCCUGGUCCACCGCGUGGCCGUGGUCAGCGAGAAGGGCGACGUGAAGGGUUUCCUGCGGGUGGCGGUGCAGGCCAUAUCGGCCGACGAGGAGGCCCCGGACUACGGCUCCGGAGUGAGGCAGUCGGGCACGGCCAAGAUCUCCUUUGAGGACCAGCAGUAUGAGAAGUUCCAGUCCGAGUCCUGCUCGGCGGGCCUGUCCCGGACCGGGACCUCCCAGGAGGAGCUUCGGAUCGUAGAAGGCGAGGGUCAGAGCGCCGAGAUGGGACCCUCGGCGGACGAAGUCAACAAUAACACAUGUGCGGCUGGUGGCGAAGAAGGCGAGCCCGGUCUGGACGACCAGACGGACCCUCCGGAGCACCUCAGGGUGGGCAGCGUUUUCACCUUUAGGGUGACUGUGCUGCAAGCCUCCAGUAUCUCCGCAGAGUACGCCGACAUCUUCUGCCAGUUCAACUUCAUUCACCGCCACGAUGAGGCCUUCUCCACUGAGCCCCUGAAGAACACAGGCCGGGGCCCCCCGCUGGGCUUCUACCACGUGCAGAAUAUCGCGGUGGAAGUCACCAAGUCCUUGGUGGACUACAUCAAGACCCAGCCUCUGGUGUUUGAGGUGUUUGGACACUACCAGAAGCAGCCUUUUCUUCCCCUCUGUAAAGACGUCAUCAGUCCACUGCGGCCGUCCAGGAGACAGUUCCCACGGGUGAUGCCCCUCUCCCAACCAGUACCUGCCACCAAGCUGACAGCCGUGACCCGUCCACAGGCCGGGCCGUGCCACUGCAAAUACGACCUGAUGGUUUUUUUCGAGAUCUGCGAGCUGGAGGCCAACGGGGAUUACAUCCCGGCUGUGGUGGACCACAGAGGAGGGAUGCCUUGUCACGGCACAUUCCUGCUGCACCAGGGCCUCCAGAGGAGAAUCACUGUGACCAUAGUCCACGAGUCAGGAGGCGACAUUGAAUGGAGGGAUGUCCGAGAGCUCGUUGUGGGACGUCUCCGCAACACGCCUGAAUCUGACGAGACCCUGGUGGACCCUAAUAUUCUUUCCCUCAACAUCUUGUCCGCCGGCUACGUCAAGCCCUUGCAGGACGACAGACAGUUUCUUGAUUCGGACAUGCCUAGGACCUUCUACCGCUUUGAGACGGCCUGGGACAGCUCCAUGCACAACUCCUUGCUCCUCAACCGGGUGACGCCGGGCGGGGAGAAGAUCUACAUGACGCUGUCUGCCUACUUGGAGAUGGAGAGGUGCACCCAGCCGGCCGUCAUCACCAAAGACAUCUGCAUGCUCUUCUACUCUCGCGACACCAAGCUCUCGUCCUCUCGCUCCAUACGCAACCUUUUUGGCACAGGAAGUCUGAGAGCGGCAGACGGGAACCGUGUCAGCGGCGUGUACGAGGUCAGCUUGUGCAACCUGGCCGACGCAGGAAGUCCAGGCAUGCAGCGGCGACGCAGGCGGGUGCUGGACACCUCGGUGGCGUACGUGCGCGGAGAGGAGAACCUGGCCGGGUGGAGGCCUCGCAGCGACAGCCUGAUCCUGGAGCACCAGUGGGAGCUGGAGAAACUCAGCCUGCUUCAAGACGUGGAGAAGACCAAACAUUUCCUCCUGCUGAGAGAGAAGCUGGAGUCCACCCUGCAGGACUCUCACACAGAAGACCCUCUCAGCCACCCGCCGGAUGUGGGAGGAGCUUCGGAGCUCGCUAGCGAGAGGCAACGCCAGCUCGCCAUGAAGUGUCUGCGCCUGCUGUCUCACUCCUUCGACCGGGAGCAGCGCCACCUGUGUGUCAGCGCCAGUGAGAGCAAGAUAUCGCAGAUGUCCGUCACCACGCUCGGAGACUCCGCCUCCAUCUCCGCCCUCAACACCAUCACACCCUCCUCCACCUGCCCUUCCCUGGUGGAGGGUUGCUAUAGCAACGCUGAACUCAGACCUCCCGCCCUCCGCUCCCGUGCCGUCAGCCCGGCUCCCGACACGCAGCAGGACUCGGGUCCUGACACGCCGCAGGACGCCGACGCCAACAAAACGUGUGAAGACAAACCUCGCAUCCGUAGAUUUGUCCCCGACAUCCAGGAGAUCCGAGUCAGCCCCAUCGUGUCCAAGAAAGGCUACCUGCACUUCUUGGAUCCGCACACCAACAGCUGGGUGAAGCGCUACGUGGUGGUGCGCCGGCCCUACGUCUACAUUUACAACACGGAGCGUGACGGCGUGGAGCGCGCCAUCCUCAAUCUGUCCUCCGCCCAGGUGGAGUACAGUGAGGACCAGCAGGCCAUGCUGAAGACCCCCAACACCUUUGCUGUGUGCACGGAGCAUCGUGGGGUAUUACUUCAAGCCGGCAGUGACAAGGACAUGCAUGACUGGCUGUAUGCCUUCAACCCUCUCCUGGCAGGGACCAUCAGGUCAAAGUUGUCCAGAAGACGAGUGGGACAGAUGAGGAUGUGAGGACCGAGGGCAGGGGGUCAAAGACUUGUACAUAGAAAGCCCCGCCCCCUCCCCGCGACCACGAAGGCCCACCCGGCGGCGAGGACGAUGCGUCCCUGUCAUACGUGUGGUGAUGUAGUUGUUGUCAUGGGGCAUGAUUCUCUCUCUCUCUCUCUCGCUGCUCCGCGCCUCUUUUUCUUUACCCGCCUCGCUUAUUUAUUCCCGCAUGGAUUUAUUUACAAAGACGUUUAUAUUUCUAAAGUACGGUGCAAUUUCUGCACACUGCACUUUGUAAGGAGCUCCUCGCUAAUUCACCCCGUCCGUCACUCGCGGGAAAAACGUCCGCUUUCGGUUUGGCCGGGUCAGCAAAAUAAUGUCAUGCAGUGCCUCUCUCUCGCUUCAGUUUGUCUCCAAUCCGGGUGUUGUCAGUCUGUGACCUUCACGCUGCGACCUUCGUCUUCUCUUACGUCCAAAAGCCAGACAUGUCUAACCCCACCCCCCCGUCCGAUUGACCAAGUUAAGGUACCUGACGUCGCGCCCGGUUUGGCGAUCACUCCAGCAGCACCGAGAGGAGACUCAGCCAAACCACGAAAUUGUCAGGUUGAGUUUACGACGGACCCCGAGAUGCAGAGACGGUGGCAGGCAUUCAAUAGGAAAACAUGAUUUAAUUGAAAUACUAAAACAUGAACAAACAAAAGGGUACUAACAAAAGGCGCGCACAAGGCGGAUAACAAACUUGGCUAUGAACAAACAAACUGGAAGCAGGGAACAAAAGACAGUAAGCUACAAACAGCUACCGAAUAUAGCUUACCGUUACGCUGCAACGACAAGUAGAAAUGACAAUAAUCCAGCAUCUGACUGGAGGACAAAACAGGCUCAAAUAGUGUCUGGAUGAUUGACACCAGGUGUGGCCAGGUGCCAAUCAGCCACAGCUGAGGGGACACAGCACUCAGGGAGACAAACGGGAAACAGAACCAAAAUAAGAGUGCUGACAGGAACUAAAGACGGGAAAUACUACACACACAAACAGAGGAAAAACUAAAACACAAUCAAACUGUCAGGGGCAACCCUGACAGAAAUUGGCAAAAAAAAUGUAAAAACAAAACGUUCCAACAUGAUGUUAAGUAAGGCUCAGCUUCUCUGAAAAUGCGCUAGCUUGAUGCUAAUAAACCUUGGCUUUACUAUUGACAUGCUAGCUGGCAGGCACAAGACGUUGAAACAACGUUGAGAACUGGUUGAGAAUUAAGUCCUGGCGUCAGGCAACUCAAACAUAACGUUGAAACAACGUGCUUUUUGACGACGUUUAAUCAAUGUUGGGUUGUGACGUUGAUUUAACCAUUGAAUUUUGGUCGUUUCCCAACCAAUAUUCUACAACACAAAUACAACAGUGUUUACUUGUGGGUGAUAUCAUGUGCGAUACAAGCAGUCCUGCCGAGUCUUUACUUAUUUGUGAUAUUAUGUGCGAUGCAAGCAGUCCCGCAGAGUGUUUGCUUGUGUGUGAUAUCAUUUGGGAUACAAGCAGUCCUGCCGAGUGUUUACUUGUUCGUGAUAUCAUGGGCGAUGCAAGCAGUCCUGCACAGCGUAAACACCUCAAAAUUAGCCAAAAAGCUAGCAUAAAAUGUUAGCAUGCUAACAUUUGCUUAUUAAAAUGUUUGUAUUUUUGCAAGAUGGAGACCUGUCUGAAAAAAACAAUGAUUUUUACGGUUAAAUAAUCAAAAUUUUAAAAAAAAUUCUAGCAUUAGACAUUAGCUUACUAGUGUUAGCAUGAUAAAAUAGGGAACGCUAAGGUAAUUCUGAGACGGCGCCAAGUUUCCAGAGCCAUGAUUUUUAGGUUUAAACAUACAAAAUUAGCCAAAAAGCUAGCAUAAAAUGUUAGCAUGCUAACAUUUGCUUAUUAAAAUGUUUGUAUUUUUUUCAAGAUGGAGACCUGUUUGAAAAAACCCAUGAUUUUUACAAUUAAAUAAUCAAAAUUAAAAAAAAAAUGCUAGCAUCAGACAUUAGCUUACCAGUGUUAGCAUGAUAAAAUAGGCACCGCUAAGGUACUUCUGAGACGGCGCCAUGUUUCCAGAGCCAUGAUUUUUAGGUUUAAGCAUACAAAAUUUGCCAAAAAGCUAGCAUAAAAUGUUAGCAUGCUAACAUUAGCGAGUUAAAAUGUUAGUAUGCUAACAAAAAACCCAUGAAUUUUUGGGUUAAAUAAUAAAAAAAAAAAUUAAGAAAUGCUAGUAUUAGACAUUUGCUUAUUCGUGUUAGCAUGAUAUCAUAGGGAACGCUAACGUACUUCUGAGAUGGUGCCAAGUUUCCAAAGCCAUGAUUUUUAGGUUCAAACAUACAAAAUUAGCCAAAAAGCUAGCGUAAAAUGUUAGCAUGCUAACAUUAGCGAGUUAAAAUAUUAGUAUGCUAACAAAAAACCCAUGAAUUUUAGGGUUAAAUAAUACAAAAAAAACUUUAGAAAUGCUAGAAUUAGACAUUUGCUUAUUCAUGUUAGCAUGAUAACAUAGGGAACGCUAACAUACUUCUGAGAUGGCGCCAAGUUUCCAAAGCCAUGAUUUUUAGGUUUAAACCUACAAAAUUUGCCAAAAAGCUAGCAUAAAAUGUUAGCAUGCUAACGUUACCUUAUUUAAAUGUUUGUAAUUUUGCAAGAUGGAGAUGUCACGCCAAAUUUCUACAAAAACCUUUCCCCCUGAAGACAUUUGGUGUGACAGCCCCUCUAAUGCCUGAGGACCCAAAUGAGGGUGGAAGGACCUUAAAGCAGCCCACACAGCUGCCUGUUUUAAAAGCAUUAUAAUUGGCUGAUUGUCAUUGGUGAAAAGUAACGGUGAGGAAAAAAUAUUAGCAUUCCAGCAUGCUAACCUUUCAAGCUAUUUUUGCUUCGCUAAUUUUGCAGCUGUAACCCUUAAGAGUCAUAUAACUUGGUAUUAUCACCCCCUCAUUGGGGUCCUUCAGGCAUUAGAGGGGCUGUCACGCCAAAUGUCUUCCGGGGGGAAGACAUUUGGCGUGACAGAGACCUGUCUCAAAAAAAAAACAUACUUUUUAGGGUUAAAUAAUCCAAAAAUUUUUAAAAAUUGCUAGCAUUAGAGAUGUGUUAGCAUGAUAACAUAGGGAACGCUAACGUACUUCCUAGAUGGCACCAAGUUUUCGAAGCCAUGAUUUUUAGGUUUAAACAUACAAAAUUAGCCAAAAAGCUAGCAUAAAAUGUUAGCAGGCUAACAUUAGCUUGUUAAAAUCUUAUCAUGCUAACAUUAGCUUGUUUAAAUGUUUGUAAUUUUGCAGGAUGGAGACCUGUCUUUAAAAAAAAUGGGAGUUUUAGGGUUAAAUAAUCAAAAACAUUUUUUUUUAAAUGCUAGCAUUCGACUUUAGCUUACAUGCUACCAAUAGCUUGUUUUAAUGGUAACGCUAACCCCUCAAAGCAGAGUUCUCACUUCCUGGCAAACGCCAUCUUUAGCACACCUUCUUCCCCGUGCUAACACAACGCUUCCGUCUCGUUCCGCACGCAUCUUUUGCGACCCGUCACACUGAAUUUUAGCGUAACACACUUCUGCUGCUGGAGUGUUUUGGCAAAACGCACUCGCUGCAAAAGACGAGUGACGGGAAAAAAGUUUUGGGGUUAUCAGAAAAAUUCUGUCGAUUCACUGCACCUUCUUUUUUUUUUUUUUUUGCAAAAUGUACUGUUUGGUUUUUACACUGUGCUGCAAAAUAAUAACAUGCAUAAGAAGCAAUGUGUGAUAAUAUGCUGAUUCAUGUUUUAUUAUGCAUUGCUGACAAAACACACACAAAUAUUUCAACAAGUUUAAAAAAUAUUUUCCGCAAGUAAAAAAAAGAUGUUUGCGACUACAAAAAAAAGGUUUUCUUUCAUUAAAAAAACGAUUUGCAAGUAUAAAACCUAUUCUCAAGAAUACAAGUAUUUGCAAGUAUUUAAAAACAAUCAAUUAAAAGAAAGAUUGGCUGGUAAAUAGAGCUUUUUUUGUGAGAAGAUAAAUGAUUCACAAGUUAAAAAAAAAAACAUUUUAGGCAAGAAAAAAACUAUUUACAAUUUUUUUGCCAGAAAAAAAAUAGUUCACAGGUAAAAAAAAAUAAAAUAAAGAUUUGCAAGUAUAAACUCAUUAUUUUCUGCAGGUAUAAAAACUGCUUUUUUUUUUCAAGAAAAACAACAAUUCGUUAGUAAAAAAAAAAACAAUUUUUUUUUGCAAGAAAAUAAAUGAUUCACAAAUAAAAACAAAACAUUUUAUGCAAGAAAAAACCCUUAGCAAGUAGAAAAAAAUCAUUUUCUGCAAAAAAAUUGUUUUUCGACAAGAAAAACAACAAUUCGCUAGUAUAUUAAAACAUUCAAUUUAAAAGAAAGAUUUGCUAGUAAAAAAAAGCUUUUAUUUUGCAAGUAAAUUCAUUAUUCACAAGUUAAAAAAACAACACCAUUGUAUGCAAGAAAAAAACGACUUGCAAGUAUAAAAACUGUUUUCGACAAGAAAAAGAACAAUUUGCAAGUGUAUACAUUUUUUUUUCAAAAUAAAAGAAAGAUUCGCUAGUAAAAAAAAAAGCAUUUUUUCGCAAGAAAAUAAAUGAUUCACAAGUAAAAACAAAACAUUUCAUGCAAGAAAAAACCAUUAGCAAGUAGAAUAAAAAUCAUUUUCUGCAAAAAAAUUGUUUUUCGACAAGAAAAACAUCAAUUCGCUAGUAUAUUAAAAAAUUCAAUUUAAAAGAAAGAUUUGCUGGUAAAAAAAAAGCUUUUAUUUUGCAAGAAAAUUCAUUAUUCACAAGUUAAAAAAAAAACACCAUUGUAUGCAAGAAAAAAACGACUUGCAAGUAUAAAAACUGUUUUCGACAAGAAAAAUAACAAUUUGCAAGUAUAUACAUUUUGUUUCCAAAUAAAAGAAUGAUUCGUUAGUAAAAAAAAAGCAAUUUUUUUGCAAGAAAAUAAAUGAUUCACAAGUAAAAACAAAACAUUUUAUGCAAGAAAAAACCAUUAGCAAGUAGAAAACAAUCAUUUUCUGCAAAAAAAAUUGUUUUUCGACAAGUAAAACAACAAUUCGCUAGUAUAUUAAAACAUUCAAUUUAAAAGAAAGAUUUGCUAGUAAAAAAAAGCUUUUAUUUUGCAAGAAAAUUAAUUAUUCACAAGUUAAAAAAACAACACCAUUGUAUGCAAGAAAAAAACGACUUGCAAGUAUAAAAACUGUUUUCGACAAGAAAAAGAACAAUUUGCAAGUGUAUACAUUUUUUUUCAAAAUAAAAGAAAGAUUCGCUAGUAAAAAAAAAAGCAUUUUUUCGCAAGAAAAUAAAUGAUUCACAAGUAAAAACAAAACAUUUCAUGCAAGAAAAAACCAUUAGCAAGUAGAAUAAAAAUCAUUUUCUGCAAAAAAAAUUGUUUUUCGACAAGAAAAACAACAAUUCGCUAGUAUAUUAAAAAAUUCUAUUUAAAAGAAAGAUUUGCUAGUAAAAAAAAAGCUUUAAUUUUGCAAGAAAGUUAAUUAUUCACAAGUAAAAAAAACAACACCAUUGUAUGUAAGAAAAAAACGACUUGCAAGUAUAAAAACUGUUUUCGACAAGAAAAAACAAUUUGCAAGUGUAUACAUUUUUUUUUCAAAAUAAAAGAAAGAUUCGCUAGUAAAAAAAAAGCAUUUUUUCGCAAGAAAAUAAAUAAUUCACAAGUAAAAACAAAACAUUUUAUGCUAGAAAAAACGAUUAGCAAGUAGAAUAAAAAUCAUUUUCUGCAAAAAAAAUUGUUUUUCGACAAGAAAAACAACAAUUCGCUAGUAUAUUAAAAAAAUUCAAUUUAAAAGAAAGAUUUGCUAGUAAAAAAAAAGCUUUUAUUUUGCAAGAAAAUGUAUUAUUCACAAGUAAAAAAAACAACACCAUUGUAUGCAAGAAAAAAACGACUUGCAAGUAUAAAAACUGUUUUCGACAAGAAAAAUAACAAUUUGCAAGUAUAUACAUUUUUUUCCAAAUAAAAGAAGGAUUCAAUAGUAAAAAAAAAAAAGCAAUAUUUUCGCAAGAAAAUAAAUGAUUCACAAGUAAAAACCAAACAUUUUAUGCAAGAAAAAACAAUUAGCAAGUAGAAAAAAAUACUUUUCUACAAAAAAAAUUGUUUUUUGACAAGAAAAACAACAAUUCGCUAGUAUAUUAAAAAAUUCAAUUUAAAAGAAAGAUUUGCUAGUAAAAAAAAAGCUUUUAUUUUGCAAGAAAAUUCAUUAUUCACAAGUUAAAAAAAACACACCAUUGUAUGCAAGAAAAAAACGACUUGCAAGUAUAAAAACUGUUUUCGACAAGAAAAAGAACAAUUUGCAAGUAUAAACAUUUUUUUUCCAAAUAAAAGAAAGAUUCGCUAGUAAAAAAAAAAGCUUUUUUUUGCAUGGAAAAAUAAUUCACAGGUAAAAAAAAUAUAUAUUUUAUGCAACAAAAAAAAGAUUGGCAAGAAUAAAAAAUAAUUUUCUGCAAGUAUAAAAACUGUUUUCGACAAGAAAAACAAUUUGCAAGUAUAACAUUUUUUUUCAAUUAAAAGAAAGAUUCGCUAGUUAAAAAAGCUUUUUUUGCAAGAAAAAAAGGAUUCACAAGUUAAAAAAACAAACAUUUCAUGCAACAAUAAACUAUUUGCAAAAUAUAAAAACUCUUUUCACCAGGAAAAAAAAACAAUUUGCUAGUAUAAAAAAACUAAAUUUUCUGCAAAUACAAAAACUCUUUUCGCCAAGAAAAAAAAACAAUUUGCUAGUAUAAAAAAACUAAAUUUUCUGCAAAUACAAAAACUCUUUUCGCCAAGAAAAAAAAACAAUUUGCUAGUAUAAAAAAAAUUAAUUUUCUGCAGAUAUAAAAACUCUAUUCGCCAAGAAAAAAAAACAAGUUGCAAGUAUAAAAACAAUUUUCUGCCCGGAAAAAAAGAUUUGCAAACAUAAUAAAACAAUUCUUCAAUUAAAAAGGAUUCAUAAAUUUAAAAACAUUUUAUUCAAUUAAAAUGAUUCACAAUUAAAAAAAAAACAAUUAAGCAGGUAGAAAAUAAUUUCCUGCAAUAACUU